CCGAUGCAUCAACUUCCCUCAAUCAGCCUCAACUCCUGAUCCGCCGGACGGGACACACACUGAUCCAUCCCGCUCGGCUGCAACGCUCACACCCACACCCACCACGCCGGCUGCAGGCACGCACCACGGUACCAGCCGCCAGCGCACGCCCGCCAAGCCGCCAGCGAGAAAACACCGAACCAUUCGCCCUCCCGGCCGACAUCACGACCGCCCGAUCCGGCCGGAGCCUCUCCCUACCCCUUCCGCGCCUCCGCGCUGACGACCGUCGCGGCGUCCGCCCCUCGAGUCCAACCCCAAUUCUGCCGUGGCCGCGGCUCUCUGAAUCCCCAAUUUUUUCACUUCCCCCAAGGGCCGCGGGGAUGAACCGGAUCCCGUCCGUCUCGCUGCGGGGCGGCGGGGCGAACGAGGACGCCGCGGCGGCGUCGCCGCCCCCCGAUCCCGCGGCGCUGUCGCGGUGGGUGCGGGCCUUCUGUGUCAUCCGGUUCGACCUGGAGCGCGGGCAGCUGGUGGAGGCCUGCUUCCCUCCCGACGCGCUGACGGCGCCCGGCAGCGGCCUCGACCGCCUCGUCGCCUUCUCGUCCUUCCCGGACUCCAUGUCUCACCACCUCCCGCGCCACCGCUCCUCCGUCCACGACUCGCUCUUCUCCUUCCGCAUCCCCGACCCGUCCUCCCCACGCCGCGCCUUCCUCUACGGCUUCGUUUUCAACCGCCAGCGCCAGGACGAGCGCCUCCCCCGCGGCGGCGAGCAGAAGUCCGUAGUCAUCCUCUCCCACGCCCCCUACUCCUCGCUCUUCCGCCUGCUGCUGCAGAUCCUCGGCCCGCUCUGCUUUGACGUCGGCCCUUCCGCACUGGCCAUGGUGGCGUCGCACGUUGCCGUGUGGCCGGCGCCGGCGCCAGGGCACCCAAUGGAGCUUCCAAUUGGCAGUGCCGCGCUGCGCGUGCACCUCCCGCCUGCGGCUGACGAUCCUGGCCCACCGCCUGCGCUGCUGCCCGCCAACCCCUCGGUGCCGUACGGACUCUUCCAUGAUGCUGAUCUGUUUGCCGCAUUCCGUGGCUUACUCCUCCACCUAUGGACCCUCUGGGAGCUCAUGGUGGUUGGUGAGCCCAUUCUGGUUGUUGCGCCGUCCCCAGCUCAGUGCUCAGAGGCUGUGUCUGCGCUUGUUAGCCUUGUUGCUCCGCUUUUGUAUAGUGUCGACUUCAGGCCAUACUUCACCAUCCAUGAUCCCGAUUUUGCUCGCUUGAAUGUGCUUGCGGAAGGCGAGGUGUUCCCGCCGAUGGUACUUGGAGUGACCAACUUGUUUUUCUUGAAGAGUCUUAAGAGCAUUCCCAAUGUCGUAUCCGUGGGAAGCCCAAAUCCAUAUUCAACAAGGGUGUUACCAGUGGGUGGCCAAUCGCCAGGAAAUGGAAUGAAUGGGACACCUGGGAAACUCAAGCUUGAGAAACUUGCAAUCAAUAAGUUCUCUCCAACUAGCCUAUUGAAUUCCAUCAAAUUGAGAAGAGAAGGUCCUCUUUCUCUCAUGACAGAGCACAAAGAAGCAUUAUGGAGCACGUAUUCACCAACCACAAAGCCCGAUACUUCUGUUCUAAAUAGGCUCAUUGACGCUGGUGUGUCACCAAGGAUUGAGGAGUCCAUGUCAGUAGUCAACAAUGAGAUAUUGCGGCGGCACUUCUUGGAGUUGACGACCAACUUCCUUGCGCCUUUUGGGCCGUAUCUGAGAACUACAACACCAUCAGAAGGGACUUCACCUUUUGUUGACCCACCAUUGCUACCACCGUUUCAUGCAGAUGAGUUCAUCAAUGGUUUGGCAGCUAGAGGUCCAGGGAAGUUUUUGUCCAAAAGGAUGAGGUCCAAUUGGUUGGACCUAUAUAGGAGAUUUCUCGAAGGCCCCAAUUUUAUGCCUUGGUUCCGGCAAAGGCGUGCUGCUGCGGAGCAAGAACAGCAGAGGCUCUGGAGGCAGGCUCGCAUGAAUGUUGACAUUGAAAAGCUAAUGUCAAAUAUGUCCGAAAUAGAGAGGAUUGAUUCUUUUGAUGCUGUUGAGCGUUAUCUUCUCAGAGAGAUGGAGGUUCACAUUGAUGGUUUAUAGCUUAGCUUUUAGCAAUUCACCAUCUUUGAUUUGUGUUUAGUAAUCCCUUCACUCCAAAUUAUAAGACUACUUGUUUUUUAUACAUUCAUAGCUUUUGCUAUGAACUUAUAUAUACAUUAUAUAUAGUUACAUAUACCUAGAAAAGCCAAAACGUCUUAUAAUUUGGACGGAGGGAGUAUCUAUUUUGUCACUGGUUACAUCAGCUAAAGGUUGCUGGACCAGAAAUGAGCAUGAUUCUUAAAUGGUUUAUAUCAUUUAUAGAAUUUGAAGGCAAAGGAAUAUGUUGUGCCAUUGACAUGCUCGACAUCCCUAUUCUGCCAUUUGGCCAUAUAUUCUGUAGACAUUUAUCAGGCGAAGUUCCUAAUGUUAACGUCUUCGUCCUCCAGAACCCUGGAAAAGGAAGUGCUGAUUCAAUAGGGGCAUGCCAAAAAUUGAAGGUAGACCUCCAAGCAGCAUUCAAUGUACUGCCGAAGGACUUGCAGCAACUCCUGCUCUCCAACCCUAAAAGAGCUGUUCUUCUUCAAGGUAGUCAAGAGAAGGCCCUGGGUGCCAAUGGCAUUGGCACCCAGACAAGUUUGUAGCAGCCCCCUCUGUAACAUUACCAUUGUCACUAUUUUUUGCACACAUAAUACAAAGUUACACAUUUAUAUA